AUGGGGGGAAUCGACCAAGACAACUUCUCAAACAUUUCAUGGCAAAGUGACCGGCUUGGUGCUGGAAGCUCAGCGGCGCAUCAACAUGGCGGCCAAGAUUCGGAACAGCCCGCCGCCCACACCCAAGCGGAACCCCAGCCUAACUACACCAGCAUGAUCGUUCACGGCAUAGGCUUGGGCGAUGAGGUGCUCGAGUGCAACGUCUCAAGUCCGCUCAAGGAGAACGACGGCACCAAGGAUGCGUUUGUCUCGUAUCUAGUAACUACACAUACAACAUUUGCCGACUUUCAAAAACCCGAUGUGUCGGUGCGUCGACGAUUCACAGACUUUGUGUUUCUGUUCAAGACACUCUCGCGGGAGUACCCGGCAUCUGCCGUCCCUCCGCUGCCCGAUAAACAGCGAAUGGAGUAUGUGCGGGGAGACAGGUUUGGCAACGACUUCACCUCGCGCCGCGCCUUCUCCCUCCGCCGGUUUCUCGCCCGCUGCGCCUUGCACCCUGUGCUCCGCCGCAGCGCCAUCCUGCACACAUUUCUCGAGUCGCCAGACUGGAACGCCACGAUGAGGUCACGAGCCAGUAGGAGCGUCUCGAUGAGUGGCACCUCGAGUGGCGAGUCGGGAAGCGCCCACUACGGCGGUGGUUCAGGCGGUGGUGGCAGCACGGGAGGCGGCAACAGCCUGGCCAACAGUGUUUUUGAUAACUUUGCCGACACCUUCAUCAACGCCUUCACAAAGGUGCACAAGCCGGACCGGCGCUUCAUAGAGGUGCGCGAGAAGAGCGACAAGCUGGAUGAGGACCUGGCCCACGUGGAGAAGGUGGUUGCGCGGGUCAGCCGGCGCGAGACGGACAUGGAAGCCGACCACAAGGACCUUGCAGAGCAGUUCCAGAAGCUGAUCGUGCUGGAGCCAGGCGUCGAGGGCCCCGUGCGCGCAUUCGCCGCGUCAGUCGAGGACACAGCGCAGGGUCUGCGGGGCCUGAGGGAGGCCACGGAGCAGGAUUACCUGGGAAGCCUGCGGGACCUGGCCGCGUACAGCGGGGCGCUCAAGAACCUUCUCAAGGCGAGGGAGCAGAAGCAGCUCGACUUUGAGCAGCUGACCGAGUACCUCAACAAGAGCUCCGCCGAGAGGGAUGUUUUGGCGUCAGGUGGGUACUCGUCUGGGGGCGCGCUGGCGGGCGCUGGAGGGUUCAUCCGCAGCAAGAUCGAAGACGUGCGCGGUGUGGACCAUGAGCAGAGCCGGAGGGAGAGGCUACGGAAGCUCGAGCUGCGGAUCGAGGAGCUGACGGUCGAGGUGGAGAGGGCCAAGAAGACGUCUGAGUUGUUCGACGAGGAAGUCAUCAGAGAGGUGUCUGACUUUGAGCGGAUCAAGCGGAUCGAGCUCAAGAGGCAGUUUGGUAGCCUGGCCCAGUCUCACACUGAUUUUUACGAUGCCACCAUCGACGUGUGGGAGAAAUACGUCAAGGAGAUGGAAAAGGAGGGCGUCGUGGCGGCUUAG